UGUCAAAGUCUUUCACGUCACGUUUCACGAGGGGAAAGGAAAUCGUGGGAACUUGCGAAUAUUCUAGAAUAUCACGGAACCAUAUUUCUGUUCAAUUCUGUUUCAUGUUUUUGCCUUUAAACUUGUAGAAGCGCUUUGAAACUAAUCUAUUGUAUAUCUGCAAAUCAGCCAAUUUCGUUCUGUUAGGAGUUUAAUUUAUAAUUUUUGUAUUCAUUGGGUGCUUUCUUUUUGAUAGAUAUCGAUCAUUUGAUAGCCUAGAAAACCAUGGUGAAGGAAACGAAAUUUUAUGAUAUCCUAGGCGUUAAGCCAGGAUGUUCUCAAGACGACUUGAAAAAGGCAUAUCGAAAACUGGCAUUAAAAUAUCAUCCGGAUAAAAAUCCUAGUGAAGGUGAAAGGUUUAAGCAGAUAUCGCAGGCUUAUGAAGUAUUAUCAGAUCCUGAAAAGAAAGCUAUCUAUGAUCAGGGUGGUGAACAGGCACUUAAAGAAGGUGGAGUUAGUGGUGGAUUCUCAAGUCCAAUGGACUUGUUUGACAUGUUCUUUGGAGGAGGUUUUGGAGGUGGCAGGGGAAGGAGAAGAGAGAGAAAGAGUAAGGAUGUAGUACAUCAGUUAACAGUGUCACUAGAAGACUUAUAUAAAGGCACUGUGCGAAAAUUAGCUCUGCAGAAAAAUGUGAUCUGUGACAAAUGUGAAGGACGAGGAGGUAAGAAAGGUGCUGUGGAACAGUGUCCAACAUGUCGAGGUAGUGGAAUGCAAGUUCAAGUGCAACAGUUAAGGCCUGGUAUUCUUCAGCAAAUUCAGACUGUAUGCCCAGAAUGCAGAGGCCAGGGCGAAAGAAUUAAUCCAAAGGAUAGAUGUAAACAAUGUCAAGGCAAGAAAGUUAUACGCGAUAGGAAAAUUUUAGAAGUUCAUAUUGAUAAGGGAAUGACCGAUGGUCAAAAAAUUGUAUUUAAUGGUGAAGGUGAUCAAGAACCAGAAUUGGAACCUGGCGAUAUCAUCAUUGUCUUAGACGAAAAAGAACAUCCAGUUUUUAAGAGAAACGGUAAUGACUUAAUUCUAAGAUUCGAAAUCCAAUUGGUCGAGGCUCUCUGCGGUUUCCAGAAAGUUAUUAGGACUUUGGAUGGUAGAGAUUUAGUGAUUACGCAACUUCCGGGCGAAAUAAUUAAACAUGGCGACGUAAAAUGCAUUCAGAAUGAAGGUAUGCCAAGAUAUAAGAAUCCAUUUGAAAAAGGCCGUUUGAUCGUGCAAUUCUGGGUCAUCUUCCCCAAAACCAUUGCGCCUGAAUUAAUCCCUCAAUUAGAGAAUUGCCUGCCUCCCCGCGAAGAAAUAAUGGUUCCCGAUAACGCAGAAGAGUGCAUCUUAGAAGAUUUCGAUCCGGAACAGGAAGCAAGGAGAAGACAUCACAAGAACGCGUACGAUGAAGACGAAGAAAUGCAAGGCCAUGGCCAGAGGCUCCAAUGUGCAACCAAUUAGGAAUACAUUUAAUUCGGGCAGUUUAAACUAUUUAGAUAGAAAGGCACUGUAUUUAAUAUUAAAGGAAGCUAUUCAGUGUGUAGAGUAAUAAAAUCAUUUUGUUUCGAAGUAGUGGCAACAUAAUCAUGCUUGUCAACUAUACUUUUGCAUCAAACUGACUAAAGCUUGAUUUUCAUGCAUCCGUUGUCCGACGAUACGUUGAUACGAUAUUAAUUUUAUUGGUUGAAUUUAAAGACUUCAUUGGUUAGAAACGGUUAACCAAUCGAAGUCUUUAAAUUCAACCAAUAAAAUUAAUAUCGUAUCAUCGUAUCGUCGGACAACGGAUGCAUGAAAAUCAAGCUUAAACCUUAAUGGUAUUAGUUGCUGCCCUUAUUUAUAAUAAAAUAAAUUUAGUCAAAUAAAUUAUGCAAUUACUUGGGUAACUGACAUAAAAGUGAUCUUUUGCGUUUGCGCCUCUUAUCAUUUCUAAUAUAUUAAUUACGGAAUUAUCGAUUGGGUGGAAAUUUUCUGUUAAAAAUAAUUGAGAAUCUUGGAUUGAAAAAAAUUGCCUAGUCAUGGUUUUAUUGAUUUAUAUGUAUAUUUGCUGAUACCAGUUUUACAUGAAAAGUUUAGGGUUUUUUAAUUAUAUUAUUAUAAAAGGCGCAAUUGCUCACGAUAUACAUAUUCAUUUUAUGAUUAUUGUAAUAUGGAUUAAUUUUACAUAAUUUCAUAAUAAAGUUUAUGAUCCACAA